AUGUUGUCUAACUUGAGAAGAUAUGAUGUCUCACUUAGUUCAAAAGGAAAUGCAAUUGCUUCCUAUGGUAAAACUGAGAAAAGGAUGGAGGAGUUGCAGAAACCAGAUAUUAAUUUAUGUCAUCAAUGUUUCCCUGUUGAGGAGAAUACCACUGUUCUCUCUCCACCAAAGGAAUUGCCCCAAAAUGGCUUUACAGAGGUACUGGAGCUUUCAAAACCAAGAGCAUCACUGGAUGAGCGUGUGACAGAAGCUAAAGGGAUUAGCUUCUCAGGUGGCUUUUCUACCAAGGAGAUGGACUUUGCAGAACUCUGUUAUGAACAGCUAGAUCAUGGAAAAUUGCUAGAAAACCAUACCUCACUCGUCCGAUUUGGUGACCGGACGACGGAGAACGAGAGCUCGAAAGUUCUGUCAAAAACGGCUGUUUUCGACGGCCGGAGCUACUGCCGGGGGCUGGGAUGCGGCGGAACUGAAGGAUGGGGUGACGGCGGUCCUAGCCUGACCGGUCUCGUGGCCGGCCGUGGUAUGUGGCGGUGCUGGUGGCUUGAAGAAGCCACGGCUGGAGGAGAGAACCGAGGGGGGGGGGCUGGGUCGCAGAGGAGAGAGAGAGAUCAGUUUUAA